GCCAACAAAGAGUGGUCUUGUCCUGGAAUUACAGUGCAGUCACAGGAGUAUCGAAUGUAAUGGGACAAAACCAGGGCAAGGAGGGGGAGCCAGGGCAGGACAACAGUUCUGCAGGGCCAGAGGAAAAGGGACCAAGCCCAGACCCUGGGGGGGCAACAGAGGAAGGAAAUCCAAGUACUGAGACUUGUGUUGUCAGGGCAGAUGACGAGAAAGCAGCCGAUGGAAGGUUGGAUGAAGGCCCAGGCAGGGAGUCAACAUCACCUACACCAGAGCAGGAUUUGGAUUCUCAUGAUAAGGUGUGCGCUCCCACAGAUAGGGGGUUAGUGGAGGGAGGCGAUGGAGAGAGAAAGGGAGGAAGACAGAGUAGUGAGGAAGGCAGGGCUGAACCACUGGCUCCACAACAGCUGAAUGGAAACAGACGGUCUGAGAGCUGCACGCAAGGCACAUGGGAGGCCAGAAACAGUGAACCUGCUCUUGAGAGAGAGGACAUGGAAAAAUCAGAAGCGGGUGAAACAACUGACUUGGAGAGUGAACUAGAAGACCAUCUAGAACACAAUCGAGUCAGAGAGGAUCAGGAGAACUUUAGGUUUGACCUUCCUGGAACAGACAAGAUUGAAUGUGCACAUGAAACAGAAAUCAGAGGUAAGCAGGACACACAAACAUCAGAUGUAAAGGACAAAAUGGAAUUUGUCUAUGAAGAUGAAAACAUGUUAAGAAGACAAGAAGAGGACAGAGGACUACCCGCAGAUAUUGCAGAUGUUCCAAACAUGAAUACCAGCAGGAAUGUAGAAGCUGCCUCUGAAAAUGAGUAA